AUGCCAAGAAGACUGAAUGAUCUAAUGGAGUCUAAAGGUGGGAAGAAGAAGUCUAGUAGUAAAUCCUUAUUCUACGAAGCUCCCCUUGGAUACAGUAUUGAGGACGUUCGACCCAACGGAGGAAUCAAGAAGUUCAGAUCUGCUGCAUACUCCAACUGCGCUCGCAAACCAUCCUGA